GCUCAUCCAGGGCUUGAAGGUGGAAUCGGCUUUAGCUCCAAAAAUCUACCGUCAACUAAAUCGACCUUAUAGGCCCAGUAUUUGACGAAAGGCCUAUAGGUGAUUAUAUAUGACAUGAAAUAACGUCUGCAGGAGUUGUAUCUUUUAUUUGAGGUUGUUUUGAGCUUCUUUCACUUUCGCAAUGGCAAUGGGCGUUACUGGCUAAACAACUGGCAAGACAUUAAGAUUGUUUGAUUGAUGCAUCCCACUGCAAAGUGCGGGCUGGAUGACAAGAUCUUUUGACAAGAGAGAACGUUUCGUUGGAUUACAUCAGUUUGUAUUAUACAUGAUGGUGGAUGCAGCUGAAUGUUGCGUGAAGGUGAUGUGCCGAUUCAGGCCACUUAACGAGUCGGAAAUCAAUAGAGGUGACAAAUACAUACCGAAAUUCAAAGGAGAAGACAUCGUCGUUAUUUCGGGCAAACCAUAUAUCUUUGACCGAGUCCUUCCUCCGAACACAGCACAGGAACAAGUAUAUGACAACUGUGCCAAACAAAUUGUUAAAGAUGUGCUGGAAGGAUAUAAUGGGACUAUUUUUGCAUAUGGCCAAACCUCAUCAGGAAAGACUCACACUAUGGAGGGACAGCUCCACAACCCCCAGCAGAUGGGUAUCAUCCCACGUAUUACACAAGACAUCUUUGACCACAUCUACUCUAUGGAUGAAAACCUGGAGUUCCAUAUCAAGGUCUCUUAUUUUGAAAUCUACCUGGACAAGAUCAGAGACUUACUUGAUGUUUCCAAAACCAACCUUGCUGUACAUGAGGAUAAGAACCGGGUGCCCUUUGUCAAGGGCUGCACAGAGCGCUUUGUGUCCAGUCCAGAGGACGUCAUGGAUGUAAUCGAUGAAGGAAAAGCCAAUCGUCAUGUGGCUGUCACGAAUAUGAAUGAGCAUAGCUCCCGCAGUCACAGCAUUUUCCUCAUUAAUAUUAAGCAGGAGAACGUGGAGACAGAAAAGAAAUUGUGUGGGAAGCUAUACCUGGUGGAUCUGGCUGGAAGUGAAAAGGUCAGUAAAACUGGAGCAGAAGGAUCUGUGUUGGAUGAGGCUAAAAAUAUCAAUAAGUCUCUCUCUGCUCUGGGGAACGUCAUCUCAGCCUUGGCUGAGGGAACUAAAGCUCAUGUGCCAUACAGAGAUAGUAAAAUGACUAGAAUUCUUCAGGACUCUUUGGGUGGGAACUGCAGAACCACCAUCAUCAUCUGCUGCUCUCCCUCCAUAUAUAAUGAGGCUGAGACCAAAUCCACUCUCAUGUUUGGCCAGAGAGCCAAAACCGUCAAAAACACUGUUUCUGUUAACAUGGAACUGACCGCUGAAGAAUGGAAGAAAAAAUAUGAGAAAGAGAAAGAGAAAACCAGGGGUCUGAAAAUCAUUAUCCAGAGGCUAGAAAAUGAGCUCAAACGAUGGCGGAAAGGUGAGACUGUACCUGUUGAACAGCAACGCAACAGCAAGGAAUCCAAGAAUUCUGAAGCCGCUCCCAUAAUUGACACAUCGGCUCCACCCCCUGAGCCUCUUUCUGAUGCAGAGAAAACACAAUAUGAGGAACUGAUCAAUGAACUGUAUCAGCAGCUAGAUGACAAGGAUGAUGAGAUCAACCAUCACAGUCAACUGGCAGAGAACCUGAAGCAACAGAUGGCAGAUCAGGAUGAGCUCCUGGCAUCCACACGCCGUGACUAUGAGAAGAUCCAGGUAGACCUGAGCCACUUGCAGCAUGAGAACGAGGCAGCUAAAGAGGAGGUGAAAGAGGUGCUUCAAGCCUUAGAGGAGCUGGCAGUGAACUAUGACCAGAAGAGCCAUGAGGUGGAAGAGAAAGGCAAGAAAAACCAACAACUUUCAGAGGAGCUUGUGCAGAAAAGUGCAGCUCUGGUUGGUGUGGAGAGGGAUUUCGCUGCCCUAUACGAACUGAGUGGGCAUCACAAGAAGAGAUCAUCAGAGAUUCUCAGUCUAUUGCUCCGAGACCUCAAUGAGAUUGGCAGAGUUAUUACCUUGAGUGACCACAAGAUGGCAGAGGUGAAUGGAGGAAUGGAAGAGGAAUUCACCGUGGCACGUCUCUUUAUCAGUAAGAUGAAGUCAGAAGUGAAGUCUUUGGUCAACCGUAGCAAACAGCUCGAGAGCGCACAGACAGAAACAUUGAGUAAAAUGCAGGCCAAUGAGAAAGAGCUCGCUUCCUGCCAGCUCCUGAUCUCUCAGCAUCAGGCAAAGAUCAAAUCCCUUACAGACUACAUGCAGAACAUGGAGCAGAAGAAAAGACAGCUGGAGGAAAGCCACGAUUCACUAAUGGAGGAGCUUGCAAAACUGCACGCAGAAGAAAAGAUGCACGAGGUGUCAGUUCUGGAUAAGGAAAAGGAACACAUGAGCAGAAUCCAGGAUGCUGUGGAGAUGAAGAAAGCCGUGGAACAGCAGAUGGAAAGCCACAGAGUGGCUCAUCAGAAGCAGGUCUCUCGUCUCCGAGAUGAGAUCGAAGAGAAACAGAGGAUCUUGGAUGAGCUGAAGGAUGUGAACCAAGCUCUUCAGCUUGAACACAAGCAGCUUAUGUCUGACUAUGAAAAGCUCAAACAGGAGGAACAGAAGAAGGAUGAGAGGCUACAGAAGCUUGUUUUGUUUAAUGAGAAGAAGGAGCAAGCCAAAGAAGAUCUAAAGGGUCUGGAAGAGACUGUUGCCAAAGAGCUCCAGACUCUCCACAAUCUGCGCAGGCUUUUUAUCCAGGAAAUCAGUGAUCGAAUUGGACGAAGUGUGGAACUGGACACUGAUGAAUCAGGGGGAAGUCUGGCCCAAAAACAAAAGAUUAUUUUCCUGGAGAACAAUCUGGAACAGCUCACUAAAGUCCACAAGCAGCUGGUACAUGAUAAUGCAGACUUAAGAUGUGAGCUGCCUAAACUUGAGAAGCGCCUACGUGCAACCACUGAGCGUGUGAAGAUUUUGGAGUCUGUUUUGAGAGAGGCGAAAGAAAGUGCCAUGAGAGAACGUAAGCGGUUCCAGCAAGAGGUGGACCGCAUUGAGGAGGUCAUCCGAGCCAAGAACCAGGCCAGGAGGAACCACACUGCACAAAUUGCUAAGCCUAUUCGUGCUGGACAUCAUCACCCAGUGGCUUCUGCCUCACAAGGCCACACUGUCAGAGGAGGUGUCUUUAGCCCACGACGACGCCACCAUCAGCACCAACAGCAACAACAGCAGCAGUACCAUCACAGGACCAAGUGAAAACAAGCCAAGGUAAAAAAAUGAAAGGUUCUUUCCAUUCCAAUCAUGUGCGGCAUCAAGAGUAUAUCUUUUUCAGCUGUCCUUCCUUUUCAAUGAGGAAAAAUAACUACUGUCAUCUUUUACUAAGACUCUCAAGUUAACUUGCUGUCCUUACCAUGACCUCCACACAUUCAUCCAGUUUAAGUCGGCUACUGCCAUCCAUUUAUUCAUUAGCCCUGAAUGGGAGAUCUGAGAUCUGUAGACUCUUCAUGAAUAAAAAUUCACAGAAAUGGGCAAACUCAGACCCAUGCUCUGAGAGAAAGUGAUAGUGUAUUUUAAAUAGAAGUGCUACUUCAUAUAGGUGCUAUUUUAUUGCUCGUUUCAUGUUCUGACACUCACUCUGUCUUUCUUUUUCGCUCUUUGGCUUCUCUCUGCUCUGAGUCACUUUGUAUUUAAAAAAAGUCUUCAAUAUUGGUAUCACAUUCUGAUUAUAGUAAUUCAGCUCGUCUGUCAUCAUAGUUGCCAGGUUAGUUUCCAUCAAAGGAAAUUACAGUCUUGGAAGAAGAACAUUAGAAGAAUUUUUACACCCCCGGGAGUAUUAUUAGGGCCUUUCUGUGGUUCUCUUAAUUGGCUCUAAUUCUUUUAGUCUUAAUGGCCACUGAGAACAUGCAGUGACAUGACUGGGGAAUGUUGUUUAGGAACACAUGCAUUACUUUGAGCUUAAUGCUGAGUGUUUAAAUUAUUUAUAAUGCUUUAAUAAUUGGAAAAACUUUCACUAGAUGUUAUUUUUUAUGAUGAUUAUUUAUUUUUUUAUACAUUAAGCAUUUAAAUUGAUUUGCUGAUUUUAAUAUAUUGACUGAUAUUGAAUUUAUGUCUUCUGAAGAGAUCCAAUCAGUUUUGGGUGAGAUCAAACCAAAAUGUAACUCCUUUUUCACUGUACAUGUUGCCAUUGCAGUCUCUAAGCACGAUCAUUAUUUCAAGCUCGAUUACACUUCCUAGUGCUUGACACACACACAGAGCACUAGAUCGUGCUGUAAUAAGAAUCUGUUCUCACCCAAAACUGAUUAGAUCACCUCAGAAGACAUUGAUUAACCCACUGGAGUCGUAUGGAUUACCUUUAUGCUGCCUUUAUAUGCUUUUCUGAGCUUCAAAGUUCAGAUCACCAUUCACUUGCAUUGUAUGGACCUACAGAUCACAUAUUCUUCUAAAAAUAUUAGUUUGUGUUCUGCAGAAGAAAUAAAGUCACACACAUCAGGAAUGGCAUGAGAGUGAUUAAAUAAAGAGAGAAUUUUAAUAUUAGAGUGAACUAUUCCUUUAAGGAAAGCCAAAGUCAGAGACAUUAUAGCUGCACAUCAAAAUAUCAAAACAAUUUGAGAUAGCAAAUGACCCUGUUAAGAAGUUUACAGCUAAUUCCAUUUAUAAUAUGCAACUUACAUUAUGUAUUUAAUAAAACUGUAUAAAAGUUAGAUUUUGAUAUUUCUCUAAGUACAUGGCCUCUCCUGUCAAAUUAAGUCUCUCUUACAGAAUCACUGUAUUCCCCCCUUUUUUUUCUUUAGAAGUUUUUUAAUGUAAAGUGAACAGACACCAUUCACCGUAUCACCGGUGACUUAUCAAGGUGUAGUGUUUUUGUAUCUAGUACAGUGUUCUUGUUCUAUGUGUGGUGAAUUACUGUACCGCACACAGAAUUUACAGACCUCCAUCGAGUGUUUGUCUUCAGGUUCUUGUUUAUCUGUGUUUUAAAGUUCUGUGCUAUGAACUUUUACCUCAGCAGACAGUGUGAUCAUGGGAGCAUCUGAAAAUGAGAUAUCAGAGAACAUGGACUAAAGGUGAAACUAUAGGUGAAAGAAUGAGCAACAAACAUGGAUUUGAAAUGAAUGUUUACAAUUAAUUAAAAUAUACCAUGUGUUUUAGUUUCAGGGUUUCACUUUUAGAGUGUGACUCUCCUUAUCAAAUGUUGUUGAAACUGAAAUAAAUACAUAAACAAAUAAAUAAUAAAAAGUUUACUGAAUGU